UAUCCAGCACGGCAGGAACCGACUCGUUUUGCUCGACUCCGCGAGUCACCUCGUUCUAGCUCAGUAUUAUUACUGUUAUUAUUAAUAAUUAUUUUGUUCAUUUGUCUCACUUUAUCGGAUUACGUUCGUCCUGUCUAGUGGAUAGUUUACAUUCUGGAACGUAAAUCGUAAUACAAUACAAAAACGCAGAAUAUUUACCCGGAUCACGUUAUCGUUUACGGUGUUACAUCUUUUUUUCAAACUAAACCGAUGUAGCUACAUAUCUGGCGUUAGCACUUCCUGAAAUUAUAAAUAUAUACAAACAGACUCCCUCUGCGGUUAGUAAAUCACAAUUUAGCAGCACGAAUCGUUUAAGCUUAUCGUUUUUGUUGAAAAUCUUAUACAUGCACGGGUUAUGUUUAGCUAGCAUUAGUUUAUUUGUUAAUUGACAAAUUGUUUGCUAGCAAACAGCUAGCGCGCUAACGGUUGUGCAUUAGCUGUUAUUGCUAACCUCUGCGAUACGAUUGGGCGUAAAAUAGAUUUUGUAGAUUCGUUUUCUUGGUUUGAAACGCUGUUUUAAAGAUUAAACCGCUUUUGUGGAUCACUGAGACACACCAGACCUCAAACAGCACUCGUGUAGUGGUUGUCUCGCCCCCUACCUCACACACAUACGGGAAAGACGACAAAUAGGCUGGCUUCCUUUCACAUCUCUCUAUUGCCCUGAAAAGAUUCUUGGUCAUUUUUUGUUCAACAUUUUCUCUGGUUAAAAGUGGAAUUGUGAAGUUUUUCUGGGUUUUUGACUGAUGGGACGUGAGGAUGUCGGAGGAAGGGGAAGCCCGCUCGGUGAACUCGCAGUUUGCUGUCUCUGUUCUCGACCAACUGAAAUUGUUCUACGAGGAAAAGUUACUAACUGACAUUACGUUGCUGGUGGAGGACCAUGAGUUCCACUGCCAUAAAAUCAUUCUGGCUACUUGCAGCUCUUAUUUCAGGGCAAUGUUUAUGAGUGGACUAAGUGAAAGCAAACAGUCGCAUGUCCAUUUGAGGAAUGUGGAUCCCAUAACACUGCAAACCAUCAUUGCAUAUGCUUACACAGGAAACCUGGAAAUUACACACAGUACAGUGGAGCUACUGUAUGAAACAGCUUGUUUUUUACAGGUGGAUGGCGUCGUGUGUGCUUGCAGGGACUUUCUUCUUCGCUCACUCUCUGUGGAGAACUGUGUGCGUAUUCUAAGUUUGGCUGAUGCUUUUGGCUGUGCUGAGCUGAAGCGCAGUGCCCAACGUGUGGUGGAAUUGAACUUUCGCCAUGUGUGUCGAGGCGAGGCCUUCUUGCAGCUCUCUCACACUCUGCUGUUGGAACUGCUGGGCAGUGAUGCACUGGAUGUAGAGCGUGAAGAGACUGUACGGCAGGCAGCCGCAUUGUGGCUUGAGCAUGAUGCUGCACACCGAGAGCGUCACCUGUCUGCUGUUCUUAGCCUUGUGCGUGUUGAUGCCUUGGCUGAGAUCACGCAGCGUGCUUGGUUCCGUGGCUUACCCCAAAAUCACAAGUCAAUUGUCAUACAGGGACUAUACAAAUCAAUGCCCAAGUUCUUCAAACCACGAUUGGGCAUGACAAAAGAGGAAAUGCUUAUUUUUGUGGACACAGAUUCACCAAGCGAUUAUAGCAAUCAUGAUUUACAUCGCCCUCCUGGUGAAUUUAACAAUAUGCAUUUGCGCCACUCACCUAGCAAUAAUAAUGAUGAUGAGUUACCUUUACAUCACAUGCCUAGCAGUAAUGAUGAUUCACAACGCUCGAUUACAUGCUACAGUCCACAAGCUGAGAAAGUAUACAAGCUAACUAGCCCUCCGGAUGACUUGCGUCGAUUUGGAAUCCUUGUCACACCCGAUAAUGAUGUGUUUGUUGCUGGAGGUGAACAGCCAUUUAAAAAUGGCAAAUGGAAGGCAGUCCAGAGUUUCUAUUGGUUGGAUGCACAACAGAACGCAUGGGUGGCAAAAGCAGCAAUGUUAAGUGCACGUACACGCCCUACACUUGUCUUUUGUCAGGGGUGUGUCUAUGCCAUUGGAGGAGGUGGCUAUGAUGACAUGGGCGGAAGCCAUGAUGUCACAAUGGAAUGUUACGAUCGCAGAAAAGAUGAAUGGAGUGUGACAAGCACAAUGCCAACUCAUAGCUCGUUGACCCAAAACAACAUGGCUGCUGUAGCUGUUAACGACCGCAUUUAUAUUGUUAUCCAUGAUGCCAUGUUUCUCUACUCGCCUCGUAAUGACGUCUGGACAGAAAUAAUGGCGCAGAGAAGAAGAAGCUGUUUAAGUUCCGCUUCCUUUUUUUCAUGUGCCGCAACCGCUGCUGUUCUUGGUGACCUCAUUUUUUAUGUUAGCAGAGGAGGAGACAGUGCUAUGGAGAUUUAUGAUACAAGCAGGGAUGAAUGGCGCACAAUUGCUGCAGUGCCUGUUGCUGAUGGUGCAGCUGUAUCCGACGUGUGUGUGCAGGCUGUAGUUCUGCUAGAUACAUUGUGUGUGUUUGUGCGUGACCGUCAUGGAGGAUAUGCAGUAAUUCGGUAUGAUACAACACGAGAGCGGUGGCUCCGCCCCCAGCCAAUUCCCCAUCGUGCCCUAGGACGCCUUGGCAAUCGCUUCCGCCUUGCUGUUGCCAAACUCUACCCGUCCUGCCUAACUGAGUUGCCGUGGAAACCACCAGCAUGCCCGUUCCCACCUGACUAUGAAGAGGAGUUUAGCACGGAUGGAGAAACUCUAGAGUUGCCAGAUUUAUAAAGAAACAGUGGCCAUUUUUAAAUCUGGACAAAAAAAUUAUUACAUCAGCUGAUCUAAAUAGUGAUCAUCUUCAGUCUGAACAGACACAUUGGUCAUUUCAAAAGAUUUGGAUGUUUACUUAUUAGUAAAGGUUGUCUUCAUAUCAGAGCCUUUAUUUUUGAGGUGUCUACCUGAAUGAGAUGAAAACCUUUAAAACUGUUAAUGAUGUCCUAAGUAAUCAGUGUGCAACUGUUUUAGUGAGCAUGUUCAAGGAGAAACUGGCUGAGAAAUGUAAUGGACAACCAAGGUGGUUUAGGCACAGUGAUCAGCAUUUCAUUAAAUUCUGAAUUGUUCUGUAUUACAAGGAACGAGUACUCAUGGCAUCCAUCUUUAAUUCAUUCUAUGAUGUUUAACUUAUUUGUGAGGUGAAAACAAAACAUCUAAGAUGGCCCACAUGUGUAGCAUAAAACAUAUUUUGUUUAAUAGGUUUGCUGAGGGAUAAAAACUUCUUCAGGAGAGAGGGAAAAAAUCCAUGGUAGCAAAUGGCUGGACUGAUGGACUGUUACUGUGCAGCGAACAAUGUCCAUCCUGAAUCCACAAUGAGGUGAAAAGGUGCACCUAGACCUGAAACCUCUUUAAGAGGAUUACGGUGUUCAGUAAGUGGAGAUCAUGCAGUCAUUUUACAUUCAAACUGUUAACUUUACACAGGUCGAGCAAAUGUAUAAAUUUCAAUGAUUUUGAGACUUUACUGUGGAACCGGCUGUCCUCUGCAUCGGCCCAUCCCCCGCCUGUGAUGUCACCACUGACUGUGUGUGUGAUGAUGCAAUCAAUGGUGUAGAGCCGAGCUCAUCAUCGCUCCACAUGCUGAUUUCUACUGUUCGUUAAUGCAUUAUUACUAUUUCUAACGUCUCAAUGGUUUUGUUGAUGCACUUGCUUUUAAAUCUUCCGUAAUAUAGCUGCCGUGUACAGGUGUGUGUGUGUCUGUACGUGUGUCUGUACGUGUGUGUGUAGGGCAUUUUUUAAAUGAGCAGAGUGUGACUGCGGGUUCAGUCAUGUUGUUUUUUUUUUUUUGUUUUGUUUUGUUUUUUUCCUUCUUUUUUCUAAAUAUAAGAUAAACCUGUCAGCUCUGAUUCUCAAUGUAUGUAUGCAUGGGUGUUUGAAUUUAAUGGCCUGAGUGGCCUUACAUACUUCAUCUUAUGCUAUCGUAUUUCCAUCAAAUGCUCAUAAUGCAAAUUUAUGCAGUUAAACCAAAACAUUUUGGUGUGCGGGGGAAUUUAAGAGCUUAAAGUUUACAUUGAAUCAACCAAACACAAAGUUAACUGUGACAACGUGACUAGCCUUUCUUUUCAUUUCUUUGGCUCAGUAUUAAAAUAAUUUUUAAUUCUGUUAAUUUGUAGAAGUUAAUGGUUUAUCAACUGUAGCUACAUACAUUACAUUGAUGCUGCACAAAUGUUGGCCACUACCAACCUAGUUUUGCUGACCUUACAGCUUCCUCUCUAGAUUGGCUUCAACAGGAAAAAACAAUGACAUGACCAGAUUUUCUGAUUACAGUAUUGUUGCUGUUCAGAGAGGUUGUUAGAAACCUAGGGUAAACGUGAUCAUCUCACUGCAUGAAAGUAUGUAUACCAUGUUUAUUUACCAAAUGUACCAAGUUCUCCAGAAACAGCCUGAAAACUGACUAGGUAGCCAAUUUCUCUAACAUGCAAGCUGUCUUUAAGCUUUAUAUAAUAAAUAAUUACAUUUGGCAUUUUGUGCCAUGCAGAAUGUCUAGCUGACAAGCUGAAAAGCUAGCCGUGAUGUUACUUUAAUUUUAAUUUAAGCCUAGCCCCUCUUCACACUUGGAAAGUUGUCCUUUUUGGAUGUGUAAAUCUGGCCAAAUUGGGAUGUGUGUUUAUAGAGCAAGUGUUAUAAAGUGUAACAACGUGGCACGUGUUCUGAUUUGCUGAGGUACGUGUCUCAAACCAGUGACAUAAAAGUGUAGUGUACACAAUAGUGAUACCACUGAAUCUCCUACAAUUCUAUCUAGUAUUAUUUUUAAUGAUAGGCAGUUUCUUAUAGCUCCACUGAUUAACUUUCAAGUGUUACAGUUAAAGACAUUGCAUUGACUUUACCUUGAAACCUUCUUUGCUAGCUGAGACAUUUAAACAAAAACCAGUUAAUUUAAUUUAGCUGUGAAAAUUGUCCUUCACUUCUACAUGGCCAAGCCAAGAGCAAAACAAGAUCAUCAUAGUUACUUAUCUGUAACUAGCUGCAUGGCCAACCUCAGUAAGCAAAGAACAGUGGAGAUUUGUGGCUGGUUAGUGGAAAACUCGCUUUAAAUGGUGUUUCUCAUAAUGGCAAAUGUUUUGAACUAUGGUUUGAGACACAGCCCAUGUCAGUUCUCAGUGUGUCAGGAAUUUUUUUUUUAAACACUAACCCAACAAACAUAUUUUGUCAUGUGAUUCUUUACCGUGCCACUUUGGUGGUUUGGGACACUUCCCAGUAUGAGUCGUCAGACCAACACUUUGCUUGCCAAGCACUCAUCUUUCUUCAAUUUGACAUUACCUAGUAUAAUGGCAUGUGGUUUGGGGUGCAGCACAUAUCUCCAUUACUAUUUGUCUUUAGUGUAAUAUGACACCUUGUUUGGGACAAAGACCAUGAGGCCACUUCCAGAAUGUUCUACAGUGCAGCAAUUGAUGGAAACGCAUUUCUGUAAGAUAACUGUUACCGCGUGUGUGUGAGAGUGUGUGUGUUUUCUGUUUUAGGGGGUUUGAUGGUUUUGUUGACAGAGCCUUUACCACUAUAACAGAGGGAUUAUGGGUAAUGUGGGGUUUAAUUGGUUACUGAGUGUGAUGUAGAGUUCUGACACACUCAGCCUGUCCCUCAGCACUGUACUGCACACACACCUUUAAUUUAUUAUUAAAUACUUCACCAACA